GAUUCCUUCCUCUUCACAAGAAACAUCUAUGGUUCAUCAUUCUUCUCUCUGUUUGCAGCUUUGAAGUUUUUAACAAUUGAUACAGAUGAUUUCCAACUGGAGAAAGAGAAGAGCCAGCCGUCGUGCCGGCAAGACCCAGAAGCAGCCGGGCGGCCAACUGGACAUGGAGGUGACUAUCCCGACGCAUUUCCGUUGCCCCAUAUCUCUUGAGCUGAUGAAAGACCCGGUGACUUUGUCCACCGGGAUAACUUACGAUCGUGAGAGCAUCGAGAGGUGGAUCGAGUCUGGAAACCAGACGUGCCCAGUUACGAACAAGGUGUUGACGAGCUUUGAGCCGACCCCGAAUCACGCCAUACGGAAGAUGAUACAGGACUGGUGCGUCAAGAAUCGGUCUUUAGGCAUUGAGAGGAUCCCGACGCCGCGAAUUCCUGUCACCCCAGUUGAGGUACUGGAGCUUCUUUCGAGGAUUACGGAUGCAGCUUGGCGUGGGGAUCAAUCUGGGUGCGGAGAAUUGGUGGCGAAGAUCAAAAGACUGGGGAAGGAGAACGAGCGCAACAAGCGCUGCAUCGUCGGGAACGGGGCAGGGCGUGUUCUGGCGGCAGCAUUCGAUGCUUUUGCCGCAGCUUCAUUCGAGAAGAACGUCGCUGCUCUGGAGAAGAUACUAUCUGCAAUGCCGUGGAUGUUGCCACUGGAUUCAGAAGCCCAAUCUUACUUAGCAUCUCCGGCGUCUCUACGUUGCAUGGUCUGGUUUUUAAACUCCGGCAGCCUCUCCGGGAGGCAGAACGCAGUUCUGGUACUGAAAGAGCUUCUCUCUUCGGAUCAAAAGCAUGUUAGUCUCUUGGCGGAGAUUGAAGGGGCGAACCAAGCUCUGGUUAAGCUGAUCAAGGAACCUAUCUGUCCUACAGCCACAAAAGCCUCCUUGGUUGCCAUCUUUCAAAUGGUUUCACCAUCAAACCUUUCCAGCAGCGACAGAAUUAAAUCAGGGUUUGUGGAGAUGGGGCUGGUUUCAUUGCUUCUGGACAUCCUGGUCGACUCCGAUAAGAGCCUCUGUGAGAAAGCUUUGGGCGUUCUGGAUGGCUUGUGCAGCUGCCAAGAAGCAAGAGAGAAGGCCUACAGCAAUGCUCUAACUAUGCCUGUCCUAGUUAAGAAGAUUUUACGCAUAUCAGAUCUGGCUACCGAGUUCUCAGUCUCCAUUCUCUGGAAGCUCUGCAAGAAUAGGAAUCCGGAUGAGGGAAGCAUUGUGAUUGAGGCUCUUCAAGUGGGUGCAUUUCAGAAGCUACUGUUGCUGUUGCAGGUUGGAUGUGGUGAGGGAACAAAGGAGAAAGCAACCGAACUGCUGAAACUGUUGAAUCUUUACAGAGGGAAGCUGGAAUGUAUUGAUUCAACUGAUUUCAAGGAUCUGAAAAGGCCAUUUUGAAGCAUAAAUAUCAAUGCAUUAAUUAAUUGUCUGUUAGAAUUAGUAGAGCUAUAUAGGAAUGAAGGAAUUAAAGAAUAUCAACAAUAUUGGUUUGUCUGUACAAAAAACUUCAAAUAAACUAUUUUUUCAGAGAAGAAAAAUAGAAAAGAGAAAAAAAAAUGAAAACGAAACAACAAAGAAUUGAAGAUCAAUAUCUUAGUCUCUGAAGAAUUGUUGGUGUGGUUGUUAGCUUCUGUUCUAGGUAUUCUUGGGGUAUAUACUAAAGCCUAGAAAUAUUAAGAAUUACUACUAUUAUUAUAGAAUUAAUAGCUAGCCAUAUAUUUAAUAAUGGGGUGGGGGGAGAGAAAUUUAGUAGUUUUUUUUUUCUUUCUUCUUUUUUCAAUGUGGGGAGUGGAUUGAAUAAGUUGGACAAUCUCAUUAUGUCCACAGGUUGUAAGAUCAUCAAUUAUCAAUAUAGAACACUAGUUAAUAAUAUUAU